AUGGCACAGAAACCGUUUCAUGCAUUUCAAGACCUUGUGCACGAGAUUGAGCAGGAGUAUGAGGAGGAGCUGGCAAGGCUCCGGAUGGAGAACACCUGGAUGCGGCAACGGUUGGGCUUUGCGAAGGACGAACACCUCAACCAAGAGAAGGUCUUGGGAAGACUGGCGGUAUCACUUCAGGCACCAUCGCCCACACUAUCGACCAGACUGGUCCUGGACAUGGAAGGAUCGAGAGCUCUCGAUGCUGAAGGGCCAAUGGAGCGACGUGUGUCGGUAGACUCGGUUGGGAACCGCCUGUCCGCCCCGAUUGUCGUCAACGGAGGGAUUGUUGAGGCAAAGGAGUUCACCUUUGAGACAAAUCCUAUGUGGCAUACCACUGAUGUGAAGCUCUCUGCUUGGGAGUCCGGCAUCUCUGCAGAACUCACGCAAGACUUGGCAAGAGUCGGCCUCCCCGUAUCUUCGGCGGAACUUGGCGCGCCAGUCAAGAACACUGCGAGGUUUAUGCGGCGAUGCCAGCUUCCAAUGAGUCCAAAUGCUCCGGCACGACUUAGUUGGGAUGUGGCCAGCAUGAUUCUCAUCAGUUACGAUGUGUGGUGGAUCCCUUUGCAAUGCUUUGACCCGGCUGAAGAUGCUUUUACCAUGCUGAUGGGUUGGAUAUCGUUGAUAUUCUGGACCCUGGACAUGGCAGCGACAUUGAUGGUCGGAUAUUUCGAUGAUGGCGAGCUUAUUCUCUCACCAAAGAGGAUAGCUUGUCGGUACCUGCGGACAUGGUUCCUGCCGGAUCUAAUCGUGGUUCUGCCCGACUGGUUCACCCGAGCGGUGGACUCUGAAGGCGGAGACGGCCUUGCAACCGUUGCCAGGAUGAUCAAGGGCUUCAGGGCCAUUCGGAUAUUGCGCCUUCUACGGUUGCUGAAGCUGCAGCGCUUGAUGAAUAUGGUCUAUGACCUCAUUGACAGUGAGUACAUGUUUAUUGUCUUCACAAUGAUAAGACUGAUUGUUGCCAUAACUGUUCUUAACCACGUGAUCGCUUGUAUCUGGUACCUUGUUGGGUACUUGUCGAUGACCGCCGGAAUGCCCAACUGGUUGGAGGACACAGGACUGAAAAGGGUCGUCGACUCCGACUUUUCUUGGAAGUACCUGACUUCCCUGCACUGGAGCUUGACGCAGUUCACACCAGCUUCAAUGGAUGUGAGUGCCCGGAACGAGUACGAAAGGAUAAUGUCCAUCCUGGUGCUCUUCUUCUCCUUGGUUGCGUUCUCAUCCAUCGUAGGAAGUGUGACCAACUCCAUGACUGCCCUUCGAAACAUGAGCGGUGAUAGCAAAAAGCAAUUCUGGCUACUUCGCCGAUUCCUCAACCACAAGAAAAUAGGUAAGACGACGUCAGCUCGGAUAAUUCGUUUCCUGGAGCACCAGACUGCCAACCAGCAGGGUGAUGUGAAUCCCGGCUCCAUCACAAUUCUCACGCUCUUGUCUGAGCCGCUCAAGAAUUUGUUGGCUUACGAGCUGAGCAAAAAGCACGUUGAGAGCCAUCCUUUCUUUUGCCACUUGGAGCAAGAAAUGAGUCCGAUCCUCGUCAAGCUUUGUGAUACCGUACUGCGCACGAUUGACCUCGCGAGUGAAGACGUUGUAUUCCAUCCCGGUGAAGAGGGUGAGAAGAUGUACUUUGUGAAAAGCGGAAAUCUCGAGUACAUGCUCCCGAACGGUGAAGUCUUGAAGCCUCGUUUGCGGGAGAAGGCGUGGCUAGCCGAAGCUGUCUUGUGGACCACCUGGUGGCACCGAGGGGAGUUCAAGGCAAGCACUCCCUCAGAGCUGGCGAUCAUCAAGCCCGGUCCGUUUAACGAGGUGAUGAAAAUGCAUCCUCGUCCUUGGAGCCUUUGCAGACGCUAUGCCGAAGUCUUCGUCAAGUUUUUGAACCAGACGGACCACAAGCUGCUCACGGAUGUUAUAUCCAAUGCAGACUAUUUUGAAAGACAGCUCAGAAACUGCGACCGGGAGUUCCAGGACUUCGAGGUAGAUGCAGCCGCGCUGCCCCCAGUGGACGAUGGAGAGACUCUCGGAGAGCUUCCUGUGCCAGACGAGCGUGGAGCCGAGACCGGGAUUCCAGAGGUCGUUCCUGCAGUUUCAAGAGUCUCAAGAGGCCAAGGUUGA